AUGAAUACCCCGCAGACCCCUCGCAGGAGUGGUCGACGCGGAGCAGGACAGCCAGGCUUUGCCGUCUCCUCAUGGCUCCCUACAUCCCACUCCGACGUCAUCCCCUCCGUCCAUCUAUAUUCUCGCCCUGCUUGCCCAGAGGACCUCCUGGCGAUCGAAGACGCUGAAGAGCUCGCCUUGGAGAACUGCAAAGCCCACUUCUACCCCUCAUUCUCCCGCCAGACCACCCGCCGUGCCAAUACAAGAACGUACGGCAAGGAAAGCCUCCCCAAGGACACCAGUGGCGAUAACGACGCGAUAUUCAGCGUGGGCGACACCGUGCUCGUGAAGACGAUCAGCAAGUAUCCAUACCCCAGCGUCGGAGUGAUCGUGGCCGUAUGGAACCAUUCACCCCUGCGCGUACGUGUCCAUUGGUUCUGUCGUCCGCGAGAACUUCCUCCCCAUCGUGCGAAGCGAGAGUUUUGCGAGAACGAGGUGCUCUACAUCGUCGACAUGACGAACACCGUGCCCUCAUCCGCGAUCAUCUCCUGCUGCACGGUCUCUUCCUCCUCUUCUGCAGUGAUCAAAGAGCCCGUGGACGAUGCGAUGAACGACUUCUUCUUCUGCCGUCUCGCCGUGAACACCGCCCGGGGCUUCCAUGAGUCUGCGGUGCAGACGAGCUCUGAGACGUGGCCGAAUGACGACGCUUGGACGCUGAAACCCGCGCCGGAACCUCUGCACCGCAGCAAAGACGAUGCACCUCGACGGAACCGCGGUCACCCACGCAAGCGUCGUCGCCUGGCCCCACCCGAGCCCGACGUCGAGUCUGAGGCACCAUGCUCCGCGGACACCCUCACGUCGCAAACGCGGCGCGGCCCACGGACUCCUCGCACGCCAAAGACGCCACGGACACCGCGCCGACCACGGAUCGACCGGGCGUCGCUCGCGCAUCCGACCCCACACUCAAAGGCGGCGCUCAAGCGGCGGAAGAAGACGGCGCUGGCGGUGCGUCCGCCCCCGCCUGCGGAGGGAACGUUGGAGCUCGCGCUCGCGCGGGGACUGGAGGGCGACGGGUGGGAGCGGGCGAUGCAUGUGCUGCACGUCGCCGCACGGCCGGGGGCGCUGCCGUGUCGGGAGACGGAGUAUGGACGAGUGUUGAGGGCAGUGGAGGAGCUGUUGGAGGAGGGAAGCGGCGGGUGCAUCUACAUUUCUGGUGUGCCGGGGACUGGGAAGACUGCCACGGUGCAUGCAGUAGAAGCCAAUCCUUUCUCGUACGUCGAGAUCAACGGCCUGAAGAUACCUGAGCCAGCCGCCGCGUAUGGUCUCCUUGGGAGGCGGUUUAUGGGACACAUGAAGAUUGGGUCGAAGGAGGCUCUGCGACACCUCUCGCGGCAUUUUAUGAGCGGACAUCGGGUUGGACCGUCUGGAGGGCACGCAUGGUGCCGUCGUCUGAUGGACGAAUUAGACCAACUGAUGACGGCGAAGCAGGACGUGGUGUACAACUUCUUCAACUGGCCGACUCUGGCCGGUCGCGUUCGCAGUCGUCUUGGGAUGAUCCGCAUCAACUUCCAGCCCUACACCACUCCUCAACUGGAACAAAUAGUCAAAGCGCGGCUGGCGGCGGCGGCGGCCUCCCUGCCUGCGGGCACGCCCGCGGUGCUCGCCCCCGACGCGGUCAAGUUCGCGUCGAUGAAGGUGGCAUCGAUCAGCGGGGACGCGCGGCGGGUGCUUGACAUCUGCCGGCGGGCGGCGGAGCUGGUGCGACCGGCACGGCGCACGGCGCGGACGGAGGACGUGAAGGAGGUGAUCAAGGAGAUGCAGAACUCGCCGACGGCGGCGUACCUGCGUGAGCUAUCGUUCCACGAGCGGGUGAUGCUCGCUGCGCUGGUCAAGUGCGUGCGGAAGGAGGGCGUGGAGGAAAUACAGUGGGGCAUGCUGCAACGCCAGCAUACGCUCUUGCAGAACUUACUCGCGACGGACAGUGGGGACGACGACUGUUCGCGCCGUCUUGGUGCGAGCGAGUUCUGGUUGGUGCUGGACUCGCUCCUGGCGUCGCACGCGGUGAUCUGCGAGAACGGGGCGGUGGUCGCGCGGAAGGCGGAGAACGAGCGGCGUGUGGCCCUCAACCUGGAGUACGCGGAGGUGGAGCGUGUGCUGGGCGAUGUUGGCGGUGCGAAGUGGCGCAACGCGUUGAAUGUCUGA